CGGAGAUGAUACAUAUGCACCUAGAUUUCUACUUAAUUACGAGCUUAAUGGUAUCGAUAGAUCUCUUAGAGGUAACAUUCUCGCAAAUCGGCUAGCUAGUGGGCUCAGCGGCGCUAGCUCAAUUACUCCACUUGGCUUUCGACCACUAUGUCAACUAAUACACAAACAUUGAAGCCCGUCGACCUGCGCUCUGUCUUGACUUUCACCGUCAAGCUCGCACGCACUGCAGGUACAUUAAUUCUUGAAGGCUCGCAAGCCAUCCAGUCAACUUCGGAUGUCAAUGAAAAGAAGAAUUCUGUCGAUUUGGUCACUGAAUACGAUGUGGCUGUCGAGGAGCUCGUGAAGAGCGAAAUCGCGAAAGUUUACCCUGGCUUCAAUUUCAUCGGAGAGGAAUCACACUCCUCUGGAACACGCAAUGAGCUCACGGAUGAGCCGACAUUCUGUGUUGAUCCGAUCGACGGCACCACAAACUUUGUCCACGGCUUCCCAUUCGCUUGUAUUUCUCUCGGGCUGAUCUACCAGAAGCGGCCCGUUCUGGGUGUCAUAUACAACCCUUUCCUAGACCAUCUUUACACCGGAAUCGAAGGUCAAGGGUCAUUCCUCACCCGUGGCAAUAGCCAACCUCUAAAAUUACCCCUCACCAACCCUAAGCCCCUUCCCUCCUUGCAGAAGGCUCUUCUGGCCAUCGAAUGGGGCUCUGACCGUGGCCAAAAGACCUUGGUGCCAAAAUCCAAUUCAUUCUUGCGUCUCGCAGGCGAUCCUGCAGAUGGCAUCGCAGGGGGACGUAUGGCUCAUUCCAUACGGUCCCUAGGUAGUGCAGCGCUUAAUAUUUCUAUGGUUGCUCAAGGUGGCCUAGACUUGUACUGGGAGAUUGGUUGCUGGCCAUGGGAUGUCUGCGCCGGUAUCGUUAUUGUCCAGGAAGCUGGUGGCGUAGCAAUUGGGUCCCAUGCAGCUCUGGCUGCCGCAACAUCUGCUGGCUCUAGCAUUGAUCCUUUUAGGGUCACGCCAGAUGUUUUGACAGGCCGCAAGUAUCUGAUCAUCCGUGCUAUCCCGGACACCCCAGACGAAACGGGUAGAGAGGCGCAAUUGCGCAUUGCUAGGGAUUUCUACCAGACUGUGGAAGACAGUGAACCGAAGUAGAGUUUUCCUCGCUGGAUACUCCAAGGUGCAUUGAUUAGGGUACGAAAAUUGAUCUGAAUGCGCUGUAUAUCGACCCGCUGCAGGUUGAUGGACACUUGACUUACCAUUUACCAUUUUGACACAUCCCGAAGACCAAGAAGACAAAAUGCCCAAUGAAGACAUUGAUGAGAACAAAGGUUUACAGUUGACGCUAGGCUCGCCGUGACCAGCCUGGCGUAUUGAUGCUCGUCAAUCUAUCAAAGAUUUUAAGAAUAAUUUAUUUACUUACACACAGGAGCUAAUGUUCAUAUGGAGAUCAUACUAAAUAUAAAACUAUUAG